ACGUGACAAUCAACUUCAAAUACAUAAACGAAUAUUAACUUAUUUCUAGUUCAUAUCUAAUUCGGCUAAAAGAAGUCUUAUUUGUAAAACGUGCAAUGGCAUCGUUCGAAGUCGAAAGCAACGACAAUAAUGAAAUCAAAAAUAAUAAAAAACGUAAGAAUCAAAAUGUUGAAAAGAGUAAAAAAAAAAAAAAACUUCAAGAAGUUGUCGAAAUAGAUGAAGGUUUAGAAACUGAAGAGGUAAUAAAAACUAUUAAGAAGAAAAAAAAACAUGUAGAAACAACAGAAGCAGAAAAAGUUGAGGUAACAAUAAAUAAUAGUAUUGAAAGUUCAAAAACUACCGAAAUCAAUGACAAAGUUAAGUCGUCUAAAGUACGACAGUUACCUACUGUCUCCAUAGCCGUGCCUGGAUCCAUUUUAGAUAAUGCACAGUCUCCAGAAUUUAGAACGUAUCUAGCCGGACAAAUUGCAAGAGCUGCAUGCAUUUAUAAAAUUGAUGAGAUCAUAGUUUUUGACGAUGUGGGGAAACAAACUAAUGUGAUGGUAGCCAAUAAAAAAACGGAAGGUGGUUCAAAGACAUGUAAACAAUUGGCUGUAAUCUUACAAUACUUAGAAUGCCCUCAAUAUUUGAGAAGAAUAUUGUUUCCAAUUCAUAACUUUUUAAAAUACACUGGAGUUUUGAAUCCACUAGAUGCACCACAUCAUUUUAGACAAGAAGACAAUGUCCCAUUUCGAGAAGGUGUGGUAUCAACACUUCCGCCAAAAAAAGGCAAAGGCUGUAAUGUUGAUGUUGGUCUUAGAAAACAUGUAAUAGUUGACAAAUGUCUUCAACCAUAUGUACGAGUUACUGUUAAACUAAUACCAAAUUCUGAUGACUCUAAACGUCAAAAAGGUAUUGUUGUAGCUCCGAGCACUCCUAAAAAUGAAUUGGGUAUUUACUGGGGUUACACAGUAAGGAAUGCUGAAUCAAUAAAUGAAGUAUUUACCAAGUGCCCAUAUCCUAGUGGAUAUGAUUUAAAAAUUGGUACAUCUGAUAAAGGCAUUGAUAUCGAUCAAACCGAUCAUACUCAACUUGGUUGUUUUAAACAUGCAUUGAUAUGCUUUGGAGGAGUUCAUGGACUCGAAGCUGCAUUAGAAGCUGAUCAAAGUAUUGAUGAAGAAAAUCCGUCUACUUUAUUUGACGUUUAUUUAAAUACAUGUCCAAAUCAAGGUUCUAGAACUAUUAGAACUGAAGAAGCUGUUCUUAUUACAUUAGCAGAAUUACGUUCAAAAAUGAAACUUGGAUAAAUGUUUGCUUCAUUUGAUUUUGUAAACCUUUAAUAAAUGUAUGGUUUUCUUAACA